AUGGCCAGCAACAGCAAUAAAAUUGACCGACAAGCGGAGGCAGGAAAGCGGGCUAUCAGACGAACAAUGCGUAACCUCCAUGAUGCUAUCAGCAAGAAUAACCUGAGGGAGGUGAUGGCCCUUUGUAGUGGCGGUAAUGUUGACGUCAACUUCCACUUCAAAGGGCAAAGUGCAUUGCAGAUCGCGGUCACGAAAGGCUAUUUUGAUAUUUGUGCAUUUCUCAUAAACAAAGGUGCAGAUGUAAACCAACGCAAUGCUGAAAUGAACAGUUUGUUAAACAUGGCGUGUUCACGUGGACUGGAGUGUAUUGCUGAAUUGCUCAUCAACAAUGGUGCUUUAGUUGACUCUGAAAAUGAUCAGGGUAUGACACCGUUGAACUCUUGUGCCUAUGAAGGUCAUUCCCGAUUGACUGAUUUACUUAUUAUAGCUUGCUGUGAUCCCGAUAAAGCCAACAACCGUGGCCAUACACCAAUCAUGACUUGUGCUCGCCAUGGACAUUUAGAGAUAGCUACUGCUGUUAUUAAUGCAGGAUGUGAUGUUGACCGAUGUGAUGAAGACCUCCGAUCUCCUCUUAUGGUUGCUGCUGAAAAAGGAUGCUUGGAUUUUGUUAAGAUGCUUAUAAUAUCAGGUUGUGAUGUAAAUCUGCAGGAUAAAAAGAAGACCACCGCUCUGUUUGUUGCCGUUUCUAACGGUCACUUGGAGAUUGUCAGGGAACUGAUCAUGACAGGAGCUAACGUGAACACCUUAUCUCAGAGAAACAUAUCACCAUUACUGGAGGCCGUAACCAAUGAACACAAAGAAAUUGCCAAACUCCUGAUCAAGGCUGGGAGUGAUCUGAACCAGGCGGGUUAUCUCAAGCAGACACCUCUACACGAGGCUGUCAGGCAAGCGAUUCAUUACUUUGGCUCUGGCAGCAAUGGCACUGACAUGGUAAAGACUCUGGUCAAUGCUGGAUGUGAUGUGAACAAGGCCGACAAUGAAGGGUGGACAGCUAUCUACCAGAGUGCAUUUGGAGGAGAUUCAGUAAUCACCAGGAUCUUGCUGGACCACAAGGCUCGCAUUAAUGUCCUUACUAACCGAGGAGACUCGCUCUUACAUGGUGCUAUCUAUGGCAAUAAACUGGAUAUUGUCAACAUGUUGAUUGAUGCAGGUUGCAGUGUUAAUGUGUUGAAUGCAAAGAAUGAACUCCCAAUAUUUGUUGCUGUUUCUUUCAAAGUUGACAUUGAGAUCCUGAAGGUAUUAGUCAAAGCUGAUAGCCGCCUUGAUGACGUUGACAAUGUGACACAUUCUACUCCCCUGAUGUUGGCAGUUCAGACCCAGCACAUCGAGGCAGUAAAGGUUCUCAUUGCAGCCGGUUGCGAUGUAAACAUCAUGAAUGAACACAAGUUAUCUCCCCUGAACGAGGCCUGUGAGCGUGGAUUUGAAGAAAUCGUAGAUCUGAUCUUGAAAUGCCCUGAAGUUGAUGUCGACGCGGGAGACGUCCGCUUCCCCCUCAUCACAGCUGUCGAUAAACAAUUCCAUGGCAUUGUUGGCAAACUCAUAAACGCUAGGUGUGAUUUGGAUAAGAUAACCAGUGACGGUCUGAAUGCCAUCUACAUGGCCGCUGAGGUCAACAACAACCGCCUUGUCAAGCUACUCCUGAAGUGGGGCUGUAACCCAGAUGGUGCUCGCUUUAUGCCAAAACCCCGCCUUUGCUGCAAGGAGUACACCGACCCUCAUCCCCACCUUGAGCUCUCACCACUCUAUGCAGCUGUCAAGCAUGACAACUUCCAGAUGAUAUCAGCCCUGGUGCGAGCCUACCACGUCGUUCCGUUUUGGGAAAUCGAUACACUUCAUGAUCUGCUCUUCAAGACUGCCUAUGCUGCAGAGGCUGGAUUGACCGAACAAAUCCGGUUCCAGUUUGCCCAGAUGUUUCGUAUGCUGUUGGGUAAGCCCCCGAGUCUGCAGAUAUUGUGUCGAGGAUCAGUCCGUAAGGCAUUAGGUCAGAGGCCACAGAACAAGAUUGGCGAGCUUGAGAUACCAACAAAGUUGAAAGAAUUCAUCCUGAUAUCAGAGUCGUUUUGAAUUCUGUUAGUUUGUUAGCUCAGAUUUCAUGACACUAACAGUCUGACUAUUCAUGUAUUGAAAACCUUGUAAUGAUAUCUGUGUGUGAUUUAUAUAUGAAUAACUGACAAAGACCUGUUGUUUGAAGAUCUGUGACAUGUUUUAAACAUUCCUCAUAUCUUAUUUAUGCAAUAUCUUUCCUUAGUUAUCCAGGUUUAGAUUGUCCCACCUGUGUGCCAAGAGUGGAUGGGUCACUUUUUCAUGAUCUCGAUUUUUGUGGGCACAGUCGAUAAGAAAUCACAGAAAUCACUUGUACAGUCAGCGAGAAAUCAAAUUCAGCUUGGCCUGAAUUUGGCAGAAGGUAUGGAGUAGUAUUUAUUCUCAGUCAUAAUAUUACCUGACAUUGUUUUUCAACGAGGGCAUCAAGUCUGUUCCUGAAUGAUGAAAUCCUCUGCAAGCUGUUUAUGUAUUAAGAGGAAAACGGUAUUCGGGAACGGACUAUAAAUUCUCUACCUCCGAGUGCGAGUUGACAGAGUUACGCAUCAAUACUCGAGUUGUGUAAAUUUCCCUCAACUCCGUCGAUGGUAUUUUUAUUUCUUGUCGCGUUUUUCACAGCUGAUCUGUUCUGAGGAGUUGGAAUCACUGCUGGCUUCAACAUGACAAUAUCUCUUUGCCAGGGCUUCUGGUGCUCUAAACCAAGAAGAAAUUGUGCCAUUUAUCGUGUUCAAAUCCUAAUAAAUUAUAAGCGUGUUAUUAUCAAAAUUUGUACAGAUACUGGUCAGUUUUUCUCUUCAAUUGUAAGGAGAGAUGGGAUUUUGCUCAGAAGCAAACUUGACCAUUCCAUUCUAGAAUGAAAUGCCUUACCGCAGCAGAAAGGUGUUCUUUCUCUCAAAGUGUUGAUGCAAUUAGGAACGAUGGCAGAAAGGUGCUCUUCAACAUAAACUAGAACAUGAAUUUGUAUACAUUAGACUGUAGAUAAUGUAUGCAAGAAUUUGUUCUUUUUGGGCGAAAUUAUGCUUUUUAUGGCUUUCACAUACAUGAACGUACAGUUACAUGGAUGUUAGAUAAUUUUCAGCAGGAAUUCGUUUUCUGACAACCAUCGCUUUUAUUCUGACAACCAUCGCUUUUCUUUGUGUGAACACAGCAUUUUAUGUCAAAGUCUUAAGGUGUAAGGUGAGAUGCUAUUGCAAAUCAAAAGGUGAAAAGUGCUACAUAAUUUUGUAUUAUUCUAAUUAACCAUAAAUGUUCCAAAGUCUUAUCUAUCCAUGUAAUCAAAUUUUCACUGUCGAAUAGUCACACUUGGCAUAUUUGCAAUAUCUAACACAAAAGGUACACAAACUACAGAUUAUCACUUUCAUAAACAAACGAUAUGAAUUAUCAAUACCAAAAAGCAUUUACUGUGACAUUUUGUAAGAAUCCAUCCUUAAGUUUAACGCAAUUUUGGGAGUUUAGAAUGUCUCUUUCUUAUCUUCCUCAAGACUGUAGUGUCAGGCUUGAGACCAUGAACACAAGAUGUUGGUGCUAAGAAAAUAACCAAUUUGAAAUCAAACCAAAACAAGGCCUCGAAUAUCAUAUUUUUGUAAUGUGCAGUAAAAUGAUACUUAUUAUAGAAUGUAAUUUAGUUUUCAGUAGCAUAUUUAUCAGCAUCAGCAGCUACUGCUAUCAUUUUGAUUGGCAGAAGUGUCUUGAGAUUACGGAGGUGAGAGGUCAGGCGUUGGGUUGGGACAGUGGGUAUAGGCCUUAUUUUAUGAGAACAGGUCGUUUUUCUUUAAUUCUUAAAAACAAUUCACUGUAAGGGGAACCUUUUUGCAUUUUAAUACUCUGCAAUACUUGUAGGGACAAAACGGUCUUCUUUGUGAGGAACUACGUUGUUUGAAGUUGUACAGUAGGCUUUCAAAGAAGGCAACAAUUUAUUUGAUUGACAACCCCUUACCUGCUAUGCACAUAAUUUGCCCUUUGAAUCAAUUGCAACAGAAAGUAUUGGCAAGUUGUCUUCUCCAAACAAAACCUUCCAGAAAUUCGCUAGAGCCUCUUUAAACAAAAAGUUUGACUGUAUUAUCAUUUUGAGUCUACCACUCUUCCGUUUUUUUAUCUUUGGAAAAAUUUCGCGAGGAUGGUAUACUAUAAUAGUCCUGCAUCCAAAAUAUCCCCUAAAUUGACUUCCAAGUCAUAAUCUACUGUGAGCAAGUAUGCAAUUCCACAACUUCGAAAAUACUGUCUUCCAAUGAGAAAUCAUGUUGUCUUCAAGAGAAGAAGUGCUGAGCUAUGCUAUUAUGUUUUUAGUCAGGUAGUUUGUUAAUGCCUGGUAUUAUUAAGCAAUAAGCAGAUCGGAGCAGGACACCUGGACUGCACCAUUAUGCAAAUGAUGUUUCUCGCUUUGGUCAAACAAUUCCAGCCAACUUCAUACUAAACCAAUUUGUUAAAAUUACCAUGUCAUGAAAUGAACCUGUAGUGUUGCCAUGAUUUUGUCUUUGAAUCCACAAGUUUUGGGAAUUACAAUUCCUGGUCCACUUAAAAAUCAAACUUCUGACCUCUCGUCCUCUGCAAUUUCAGAUGUAUCCAUUUUUGGGCUCAGUUUUUCUCUGCGUGGUAUAAAUACAUGAAUACAUGUAUAUUCUCUGUAUCAACACGAAGACACUGAUUCUCUCAAACUUCUAAGCUGUGCAUAUUCAAGGUGAACAAAGGUAUCCGAGAUGAAUGGUAUAUGGCAUGUUUGAUGAGCAAACAACCUCACUCCUUAUUCCAGGUCUUAACACUUACUUAAUCAAACUAAUACUAAUGAUAUGACCUCUGUGUCCUCUACAUAUUAAUAACUUGCCAAAAGAAACCAUCCAUAUUUUCAUUGCAUUUUAUGAAUUUUAAAGAUUUUAUUUGCAUCGUUGAAUUAACCACCUGGCUGAUUUGAUAGGUCAUAUAGCCUUUACAUUGAUGUAACUUGAACUGCCCUACCCAAGAUAAUUCAUUUCCAUUUGCCAUAAAAACCUCUAGCAAUGCAUAAAAAUCAUGUCUGUUUGCUAUUAUACUGUCAUUGCUGCUCACUGGUGAGGACAAAAAGUAGCCCAUUGCUUCUUGUGUGUAACAUGUCAGGAAACUACAGAUAAUGUUUGACUUGUCAUUCGAAUCACCACAGAUCAAAUUUAUGCAAACUUAUAUCGCAUUUUGUAUCAAAAGCCUAGAUGAAAUUUAUUCAGUGCUUCUUAACAGGAUGGUAUUGACAAAGUCCUUUAAUUACUCUUUGAGGAGUAUAAAUGAUGAUAUUGAAACAUCCUUUGAAAUAACUUAUUUUGCAAGGGUGCUUAUCUUGCGUAGGAAAUCAAAACUGCAGAUACUUAUCCAUAGAAAUCUUCCGAAAAUACACUGAAGUAUAAUGCAGUCAUUUACAAACAUUGAUACUGAUACUAUUUUAGUUUGAAUGGCCGCUCCUGUCUAUCAUGAGUAUCAUGGUGCAAAGUUGUAGUGACUGAUUUGAUGCUUUGGAUGUGUGAGCACAAUUUUCUCAAAUGUCUGAACUUGUUUGAGAGAAUUUGUACAUGAUGUUGUCUGGUUGAAGCAAAUGACUAGAAAGUGUAUUGUUGAUUUUAAGUUUCUAGUUGGGCAUUCCAGUUACCGGUAUGGUAAACGGGCAUGUUGAUAUUUCAAACUGUAGAAAGGCAAUGCCCCACUUCCGCACAUUAUGGUACUAUCAAGAUUGCUUUGUGGUGUGAGGUGUGGUUGAUAUAUAGAUUUGAUAGUAGACAUUGAAAAUUUGUUGUUCAAAGCUUGUACGGUUCAUCCUAACUUGAAAUGAAUUCUUGUAUGCAUUUGACUGCUUAUCACGCAUAAACCUGUCAUGCCUGUAAUGUAUUGAGUCGUGUCUAGUUGUGGUGAACUGAAAUUCGGAUCAUUGUUUUCUUGCCCUUUGUGCACCCACCCAUAUUUACCACCUAUUAGCUGAAGUCUGAACUAGUGAUCUCUUUAGGAGUAGGAGCUAGUCAUGUGUGUGUUAUGGAUUUUGACUUUGUACUGGUAUAGUAUUGUUGUAAAUAAUGUUUUGUGUCAACGCAUCAAAUUGCCAUGUAUUGUUUCAACUCAGUAGAAUUGAUCAUUCCAUAAGUGAAUUCAUUUCAACUGUUGCCAAAUCAGGGUUGAUGUUGUUCUUAAUUCAUAUCAUAAUCACAUAUUUGAUGUAGUUUCUUCGUGUGUGCCUUAGUGUUCUUUGAGUGCUUUUCUUGCAUAAUUAUAAGAGGUUUUUGAAUGCUUUUCUGUACUUAAAAGCGUGUUAGUGCUGUAGACUAUCCGAGUGCUUUGCAGUGCAUAAGUUGUCAGUGCUUUGUAGUUUUUGAGUGCUUUGUAACCAGUGCAAUUGCGUGCUAUGGUCGAGUUUUCUUUAGCAUAACAAUAUAUAACCAUAAAUUUCUUGUUGCCAGGUAUUAGUGUGCUUAAUAAAGUUUGGAUUUCAAGUUGUGGCUUAUCAAAAUCAACAUGUGUGUGUAUCUUAAACUAGAUGCAUCUUUGGUACUUUUACUUUGCAUAUUUUCAUAAGAAUUUCCGAGUGUUUUGGUUUGGUACUGUCACUAUAAAGUUUGAGUCUGUGCAAUAUUCUUAAUGGAUCAAGGGGGGGGGGGGGUACAGCUCAACUGUAAAUAAUGACCAAGCAAAAGCUUUGAUCUAAUGUCGAUUGGUCAGGAAGUUUUUAAUGAUGGAAAUUCCUCAAAUAUUGAUGCAGAUUGGGGCUGAAUUGGGCAUGUUUUGUCUUUUGUUUUCAUCAAUACAAAACCUUUGCUAAAAUUUUGCAUAAUUUGUCACUUAGUGCGUCGGAUGUGCGAAAAUUAAACACAAUGACAGUUUGAUAAUUUUAUCAAAAGGUUACCGACUUAUUUGUUAUUCAUUUCUUCUUGUAAUAUAAAUCAUAUUGUAUUGUGAAAAUUAUGACUAUGUACCAAGCUGGUGCUGCCUGUCGUGACAAAAAUGGCUUCAAUCAAGAUUCAUCUCGACAUUCUUGCAAUAUUUUCUCAACUCUAAGUUUUCUUAUAAAAAUUCUUCAAAAUGAAUAUGUCAAACAUCUGAACAUUCCCAUUUUCAACCACAGAUCUAACUUUAAAAUAAGUGUUUUUGUAUCCAUGUCAAAACCAUGCUAAUUAAUUGCUAUCCAUGUGAUUGCCAUGCUAAUUGCUAUGCAGUUGUCUCUAAAUCUCUGAAUGUGCUUAGCUUUAACACCAAAGUUUGAGAUUACAAAUUUGCAAGCCGUUUGUUGUAUUCUUUAUAAAUGAUCUUGCAAAUGGUCCCACCCUAAUUUAGAUAAAGACAUGUCGAUUCAUUACUCUGUAUUAAUAUGCACAAACAAAUUAUGACCAAUCGGUGAAAUUGACUUCACUUUAAAAGUGCUAAAUUUCUGGUGCAUUCAGAUUUACGAGAAUUUCAGGUAAACUCAGGUUGCAUUAAUUAGGGUAUUUCAAAUAAUUGAUAAUAUAAUCAAGCAUUUUAAAAAUUAAAAUGUUUAGAAUAAAAACUAAAAAUGACAAUACUGAACUGGUUAUGACUGAUAUUUUCAGUAUUUUUAACAACUUCAGGAUAAAGCGAAACCCUGUGGUUCAGGUAGUCAGAUUCACCAAAAAAUGCUGAUGUCCCCCAAACUGGUUCUGAACAAAACUGUCACACCUCUUUCAUCUGUCUUCUUCUCUGAGAGCGGGAGGUUGCAAUAAAUCUUGGGUAAAAUCUCAAUAGGUACUAAAAUCAAAACAUUAGUAUUGGAUGCACUGAUUUAUAUAAGAAAUAUGUGUACAUUGAUGAUGCAUGUAUUUUGUGUAGUUAGUCUAGUCUUGACACAAUACGGUGUCCCUGUCGCUGUCUUACCUCAUUCCAAGUGUGCUUUUAUCCCACUUCAGUACUUAUGUUAGCAUUAGGAUUAGGGGCCUUGGAUACGAGGUUUGUGGGAAGUGAAUGAUCUGAUGUAUAGGGAGAUGUCAAUCAGGGCUUCUCUGUUAGCUAAAUGCUGAUACUUCACACCUUGUCUUGAUCAGUUGCUUGAAUUCUCUGUGAGUGCUACAAGGCCUAAGGUUCUCUCAACCGUUGAACCAUAUACCGGUAAGCUGAAGUGGGCUUUAUAUAUUUAAGCCACAAUGUGUGCAAUUCGAGUAUUUUCAAAUAUAAUGGGUAUUAUUGCAGCCAUCUGUUGCUGUAACAUUUAGCUAGGAGAUAUAUCGGAUGUGAAUGGGUGUCUGGCUUCGUUAUUAGAUAUAUCAUGAAAAUAUAUUGUCGCUUUCAAAUUAUAUUCUGUAUCAUAUCUUCAAAGAUCAAACGUAUAACCCGGUUAUAUCACAAAGACCGGCACUGGCCAGUUACUGUAAAUAGCCACGUCUGUCCGUCGCACGUAUUUUGUGUUGUGAACCUUGGCGUCCAUUUUGUUUCCAUUGUCGUCAACAUCCUCCCUCCCUUUGUAUAUGUUUGUGAUACGAACAUCCUGGUUAUUGAUGUAUUGUAUGUAUUGUAUGUAUUGCCAACAUUUGUGAAACAGUACAACAGGUCUGUACAUGAUCUACAGUACAUGUGCAGAUCUUCUUGUUUGGCACAUAGCCAUGUCUCACCAAAAAUGGACUAUAAAUCCUCAUCCUUGUAGUGGUAUGGUAAAACCAGGUUGCCCUAUGCUUUGAAAUGCAUCUACCAAUGAGUUAAAGUCUCAAUAAAGCCAGCUGAUAAAUCGUUUUAUCUGCUACAUGUAUGAUUGGCUUAUGAAAAUAGAUGGGGCUUACAGUGAAUAUAUUCGUAACAAUAUGUAUGAAUCGCGUCUGAUUUGCUAUAAGCUUGAAUCAGUCA